UAAUACGGCCGGAUAAAAUGAGCCCAACACUGCUGGAGUGCUGGUGGGAUGUAAAUGUUGACUAGACCCCUAAUUCUAAUUAUUUUGUGAAAAAUGAAAAAAGCUGAAGUGAAAGAGGAAAUUGACAAUGAAAAAGAUUCUGUUGACAAUCAACCUGGACCAUCUUCUACAGACGAACCUAAAGGAGAAGUUGACGGAGAUUUUGAAAUGGAUAAAAUACGUAAAUUCCUAACAAAUUUAAAAAUAUUUGAUACUGGAGAUAAAUUGCCAAAGAAACAAAUUUUGAACGAAUUAACACUUGAUGGCAUCGUUGAGUUUAUAAAGAAAUCUGGUUGUAAAAAAAUAAUAACAAUGGUUGGUGCUGGAAUCUCAACGUCUGCAGGAAUACCAGAUUUUCGUUCACCAUCCAGUGGCCUUUAUCACAACUUAAGCAAAUACAAACUGCCGCACCCUCAGGCCAUAUUUGAGCUAGAAUUUUUCAAAGAAAAUCCAGAGCCAUUUUUUGUGCUAGCAAAAGAAUUGCUUCCUGAAGGAUUUAAACCAACACUUAGCCAUUAUUUCGUUAGGCUGCUUUGGGAAAAAGGACUUCUUCUUCGACAUUACACACAAAAUAUUGAUACUUUAGAGCGAGUUGCUGGAUUGCCUGAUGAUAAAUUGGUUGAAGCACAUGGUACAUUCCACACUGGACAUUGUCUCAAGUGUAGAUCACUCUAUGAUUUUACCUGGAUUAAAAAUAAAGUCGUUGAAGGAACAAUUCCAAAAUGUGAAAAAUGUAUCGAAGGUGUAGUUAAACCAGAUAUUGUUUUUUUUGGGGAAAUGCUCCCAGAACGAUUUCAUCAGUUGUCUGAUUGUGAUUUUGACCAAGCUGAUCUUCUGAUCAUCAUGGGCUCGAGUCUUGUUGUCCAGCCUUUCGCUUCACUUGUCGACAGAGUAAAAACAAAUUGUCCUCGACUUUUGAUAAACAUGGAAAAAGUAUCCGGAGGAGACAGGUUGUCUAGAAUGUUUGGCAUUCGUCAAGGAUUUGAUUUCAACCCAGACGAUCCAGAGUUUGGAAGAGAUGUUGCUUGGAUCGGUGAUUGCGACACUGGAUGUCAACUGUUGGCUGAUAAAAUGGGCUGGGGCGAUGAGCUGAAGGCACUCGUUGCUAAUGAACACAAACGACUUGACGACGAAAAACAUCAAAAAAACAAUAAUGAAACUAUUUCAUUGUAAAUGGUUUUUCAACAACUUCUAAUGCUU